GCGGGGCCAACUUCUUUCCCGGAAGAGACCCCUGAGCAGACUGACUGCCCGACUGCUUUCCCCGAAGCUCUGCAGAUGAUUCACCCCAUGACCGCAGACUCUUGGAAGAACUUCAUUGAGCAAAUCGGUUUGUUGUAUCAAGAAUAUCGGGAUAAAUCCACACGUCAUGAGAUUGAAACCAGGCGGCUGCAGGACUCCCAGACAGAUACUGAAGAAGGCUCAACUACUGAAGAGUCACCAAUAGAAACUGAAACUGCAAAUGUGUUAGAAAACAAAACUGUCCCCCAGAUUAACUUGCUCAGGAAUUCCACAUCAAGGUUCAAUUUAUGGCAAGAUCUUCCAGAAGUCAGAAGCAGUGGUGUUUUGAAUAUUCUCCAGCCAGAUGAAGUCAAGCUUCAAGAGGCUACGUUUGAACUGGUCACUUCAGAAGCCUCAUACUACAAAAGUUUGAAUUUAUUGAUAUGUCAUUUCAUGGAAAAUGAUCGACUGAAAAAGAUUUUGCAUCCUUCAGAGGCUCACAUCCUCUUCUCCAAUGUCCUGGAUGUCAUAGCAGUCAGUGAACGAUUUCUCUUAGAUCUUGAGAAACGAGUGGAAGAGAACAUUGUAAUCUCUGAUGUCUGUGACAUUGUCCAUCAGCAUACUAUUAGCCACUUCUCAGUAUAUGUCACUUACGUGUCCAACCAAACCUACCAGGAAAGAGCUUAUAAGCAACUUCUCCAAGACAAGCCAGCUUUCCGGGAGGUGAUCUUACAAUUGGAACUGGAUCCAAAAUGCAAAGGCCUGCCUUUCUCAUCUUUCUUGAUUUUGCCUUUUCAAAGAAUCACUAGGCUGAAGCUGCUGGUACAGAAUAUCCUGAAGAAAGUGGAAGAAAAAUCUGAACGUGAAAUCACUGCUCUUGAGGCUCACAAGGAACUGGAAAUAGUAGUGAAGGCAUGUAAUGAAGGAGUUAGAAAGAUGAGUCGCACAGAACAGAUGAUCAGCAUCCAAAAGAAAUUGGAAUUUAAGAUCAAGUCUGUGCCCAUCAUAUCUCAUUCCCGCUGGCUGCUAAAGCAGGGAGAACUCCAGCAGAUGAAUGGCCCUAAAACAUCCCGUACACUACGUACAAAGAAACUCUUUAGAGAAAUCUACUUGUUCCUUUUCAACGACUUACUAGUACUAUGCAGACAAAUUAAUGGUGACAAGUACCAAGUAUUUGAUUCUGCUUCUCGAGGCCUUCUUCGAGUGGAAGAGUUGGAGGACCAAGGGCAGAGCUUGGCCAAUGUAUUUAUUCUGAGGCUGCUAGAAAAUGCAGAUGACCGUGAAGUCAGCUAUAUGUUGAAGGCGUUAUCCCAAAGUGAAAUGAAACGCUGGAUGAUUUUGCUGGCUCCAAAUCGACGAACAAAGUUUGUUUCCUUCACAUCCAGACUUAUGGAUUGCCCUCAAGUACAAUGUGUCCAUCCUUACGUGGCCCAGCAACCAGAUGAACUUUCAUUGGAAUUGGCUGAUGUCCUCAACAUUCUGGAAAAGACAGAUGAUGGCUGGAUAUUUGGGGAACGUUUGCAUGAUCAAGAAAGAGGUUGGUUCCCCAGUUCUAUGGGUGAAGAGAUUAUGAAUGCCAAGAUUCGAUCUCAAAAUUUAAAGGAAUGUUUCCGAGUGCACAAAACUGAUGACAGUCAGCGGAGGAAGAUGGGCAGCAGGAAUAGACAAUGAUCAUUGCUUAGUCGUCUGUUUUUCAGAAGCUAUUUAUGGCAGAGGCUGAGACAAUGAAAUGUAGUGCUUGAGAGAAUGCACAUGAAUCAUCUCUUGGCAAGCAGAUCCUUUCACCUAUGAACUAUUGGGCUUCCUUGCAUUCUUAUUACAAGCUGGAUAAUCUUUCUGAAGACAGACUGAAAAGAAGAGAGGCUGUCAUUCACCUGUACAGAUGUAGAAGCUGUAAAUGUCUUUCCUAAUGUACUGCAUACUCUGAAGAUUGUAAAUUUAUUAAUGCUGCAUGAUGAGGAAACUAAUCACUUGAGCAACUGGGAAAAUUAUGUCAAAGUCCGUAAAUCCAGCAAUUUGGUUCUUUAGCAUCUUAUCCAAUGGUACAAAAAAGUGCAGCAUUUGAUUUUCUUAUGAAAAGAUAAUGAAGUUGUAGACAAUACUACUUUGAAAGCUUAUACUAUAAAUUGUCAACUUCCAUAUUUCUAUACUCAGGAAGUUUCUCCUAGGAACUGAGUUUGAACUGCUCAUGUGAUAAACUAGUUUCUUCUUGUGUUUUGGAAAAAAGGUGGAGGUAACAAAAUGAUCAGGAAGUGCAAUGUUGUGUAGUUAAAAUGCACUACAAUAUUUAUUUACCUGGGUGUCUUGGUUAUGAACUUCCAAGUUCUAGACGGUAAUAUUGAAGCAUGCAAAGUAUAUUUUCUAAAAUAAGAGUCAGUUGGUUGCAGUGGCCCAAUUGGGAACUCAGAUUAUCAUCCUUCUAUUUUUUUGAUCUGUGUAGUCUACGCUUCUCAAUGAUGUAUGCCAAACCACAUUAUUCAGGGACGAUACGGAAUCAAUUAUUCUGUUUUAUAAGAAAUAUUAUUCCCUGUCUAAACAAUCACUAACUGCACUUACUUAUCCAAAGUUAGUUAUCUCAUACACGUACCACUGGCAACCAGACAGAGUAUAGUUGUGUUUGGAGUUAGUGCCAGAAUGGGGAGUAUAUUAAGACAGGGAUCC